CUCCUGCCCCUUCUCCUGCUGGGGACAGUUGCUGCUCUUCAUCUGAAGAAUGAUGAACCCCAUUUGGACAUCCGAGAGACACAGGCAGACCUGAUCCAGGAUGUGGAAGGUUCAGGGGAGCAGGAGGGAGAGUUGGCCCUGACAGAGGAGGUGAUCCAGUCAGAAGGAGAGGAGGCUGAGGCUUCCACCAAUCAAGACAUCUUUGAGGAUGACCAGGCCAUGGAGUCGGACCCAGCAGCCCUAGCUGAACAGUUUCAGUGCCCCAGGGAAGAGGAAACAGUACAAUUAUGUGGCCAUCCUGGGUGCAAGAAUGUCAACUACCUUUUGGUGCGGAGCCCCAUGGACUUUAGACAAUCUCAGAAUGUCUGCAGGAGGUGCUACCGAGGCAAUCUUGUCUCCAUACACAGCUCCAGUUUAAACUAUCACAUCCAGAUCUCGAUCACGGGGAUCAACGAAGGCCAGGUCUGGAUUGGAGGCUUCUUGAAGGACUGGUUCCAGUACAAGAGAUUCUUCUGGACUGAUGGGAGCACCUGGGAUUAUGAAAACUGGGCCCCAGGGGAGCCUGGAAAUGGGAGAGGCGACUGUGUUGCUGUAAGCAGCAGAGGGGGUCACUGGCGAAGAGCUCCUUGCAGCAGGUUUCUGCCCUUCAUCUGCUCCUUCUAA